AUGUCAGUGUCUAUCAAGCCUAUCUCAAUUGACUUUAGUACUCGACAAUUGGAUGCCAAACAGAAAAAGUUUCACACCAGCAUCGAACGCGCCUUACAACACUUUGAUUCCGUUACAGAAUGGGCAGAUUAUAUCGCAAGCUUGGGUAAAUUGCUGAAAGCACUGCAGAGCUGGGCACCUCAGUUCCAGAACGUGCGUUACUAUGUGCCAUUCCCCUACCAGGUUAGCAGGCGCUUGGCAUCAUCACUAUCGCCAAACUUACCAUCAGGGGUUCAUUUGAAGACAAUUGAAGUCUACAGCAUCAUUUUCGACAAAAUCGGAAUAGAUACAUUGAGCAAAGAGUGCAAUAUAUGGAUUCCGGGGAUUUUACCUUUGAUGUCGUAUGCGUCUAUAUCUGUUAAAGGUCCAUUGCUUGAGCUGUAUGAAAAGUUUUUGGUUCAAAUGCCGGCCUCUACACUUCGAUUGGUGCUUAAGCCGCUUCUGGCCAGUUUAUUUCCUGAUAUCGACGAUGAAAGUAGUGAAUCUCAACCCGCCACGUUGGCUUUGAUCGAAACACUCCGAGAAAAUGCAGCUGACGAGCCCUUAUUUUGGCAAAGUUGUUUCAUGAUUAUGAUAAACAACAAAGAAAGAAGGCCAGGUGGCCUUGCGUGGCUCACAAAAGCGCUGCCGUCCUUUAAUGCUAUUCCUCACAAAAUUCGCGAGCAAAAUGAACAAGAGUCGUCGCCACCCGACGAAUUGAUAAAGAAGCAGGACGAUGUAAAGAGCAAACGAGAAUCGGCACUCAGACUCCUGCUGCCGGCGGCAAAAGAUGUGGUGCAUCCUGAACCUGGUCUGCUUAUCCGGUGUUUGGUGAGCUGUCUGGCUGAAGACAGCGAGCUUCUCAUCAAACGAGGCAUUCUAGACUUGCUUCUACAACGCAUCAAUCUCAACUCCCCUAUACUGCAGCAUUUGGCUGCAGAAUCAGAUAAAAUCUUGCUAAUGAUAAGCUGCUGCAAAACCAUGCUCAGUCGAGACAUGUCAAUAAGUAGAAGAAUAUGGAGCUGGUUGCUUGGACCGACAUCAACUGCUGCCAACAAUUCCCAACCAAGGUCUUUGGAUGACUAUUUCCCACGUUAUGGGGAAGCGAGCCUUCACUCUGGGCUAGCUGAAAUGAUAAAGCAAGAACAGCAAAUACCAGACGCCUACAAAAUCUGCCUUGCUAUCAUGGACCGCUGGGAGAUUGCAUCGCACAUCAUACCAAAGAUUUUCAUACCGCUGAUGAAUGCAGCAUUUCAUCAUCAGGACAACGAUGCAAUCAUGAAAAAUGCAUCUGAGUUUUUUGACUCGGUCGAAACGCAUAUAAUAUGCAGUCACCUCUUUCAGGCCACUGUAGAAAACAAUAAUCUAGAUCUUUUGAUCUUCGUGUUAUCACGGUUUAGGGUUGGCCAUGAUGAGGAGAUUGUUGUGCGUCAUUUGCCGCUAAUUUUACUAGCCAUUCUCUCCAAACAUUCAAGCUACCCUGAGGAUGAUUUUGGGACAAUUUGUGAGCUCCUCGUAUCCGUCAUACCGGAAAGAGCGUAUCUGCCUGUCGAACACUCAGAACUAUCGAAAGCAUCGACCUAUUCAGAUAUUGACGAAUAUGGAGCUAUCACAGAUUACUACUCAUCUUUCUUGAAUGCAACAAAAGCACCAAGCAUGGAGGAUUCAUCUGAUAUCACACCUCCAUACUCUGGGGAAGAUUUAACUUUACUGAUUGUCAUUAAAAUGAGAGAAUGCUUGAUAUACUUUUCAAAAAGAGGCUGUCGAUUUAGUAAAGCUGUUGAGUUGUUUCUGCAGCUUGAUAAUAAGAUUCCUCAGAAAACAGAGUCUUCACCUUUGCCAGAGAAUAACAACUCUAUACAAAUCGAUCUAUCGAGACCGCUAACGGACACCUUGCUUAAGGUGGACGCUAGCCCAGAUUCCGGAAUCAACGACACUGUUUUUGGGUGGGUAAAUCUUUGUAGAGGAUAUCUCGCACCCAGACUGCGUGUCGUGGAAACUGCGAAACUCUCCAAAAUAUUAGUCGCCAACCUUUGGCCAUUCUUGGUCACUUCUGAGGCCCAGAUUGAAUCGGUCAAGUGCUUGGACCAACUAGCAGUUUCCUUGGGAUCCAAAUAUGUUGAGAGUGCACUAUCGUUCGCCUUCGUUGAAGAGAAAGACAUCAAUCUAAAGAUAUGUGCGCUAGAUGCUAUUUGGAUCAAUUCGGAAGAUAGCACAUCUAUUCUCCGCAGGCCGCUUGAAUUGGUUCUUGACGAGCUUUUUGAUGAUCAGGAUCCAAACUAUCUGAGCACCUCCAGAUGGAUUUCCGGAGUCGUUAAACAAGGUUCUGCCAACAAACUGUAUCACAUUUUAUGUGAAAAUCUUCUCAACAAUGAAUUGAUUUACAAAGACACUCUCGGCGAGUUGGAUGACAUUGACUCGUUUGUUUACUAUUGCCAAAUUCUCAUCAAUGUCCUUAUUGUCGACAAACCUGUUGUGCAGAAAUCAUUCAAAUCAGAGCGAACUUCUGUUCAAUCCACCGAGACGUGGAAAGGUGACGACAUAUCAAACUACAAGAAUCUUGUUAUCGCAAUAAUUAUUAAAUUUCUAAGCGCCAAGGAGAAUCACACGGGUAAGAGCGUUCGCACAGUUUUACUCUUGCUUGACAUUUUACUUGAUGGUACCGAGCACAAUUUCCAACAUAUCGUUGUCUUUCUUCUCGAGCUAACAAACAAGCAGUUCGGGGUUGGAACUCAGGAGUCAGAACUGAUAUCUGUGUCUUUACUUCACCUAAUUUCCAAAGUGUUGAGGCUUUCGCAUGAAGAGCAUAUCGAGUUGGGAAUUUUCAAUGACGACAACUCCCACUUGCGGUACAUCGAUUUUUUGGUGACUGGAGUAUUGAGUAUGAGAAGUCCUCUCAUAAUACACUCUUACGUCAACCUUCUUUCGGAAAGUCUGGUGUACUUCCAGGACUCCAUUUUUUCCAUUAUUUUGCCCUUGACGACAUCAAUCACAGAAAGGAUCAAGCACCUGUUCAGUAAUGACGCGGAAAGAAGCAUGCGAUACCAAUCGAUAGCCUACCUAAUGAGCGGUCUCAAAGAACUAAUGGAGGUCUCACACAGCUAUCUAGCGGCAGAAGAAAGCGGGGGUGCAUCCCAUAAUGGUCCUACAAGAAAUGAGUUCCUUCAAAGCAUGGUAGCAAACGUCUUUUCGAAUGAAACUGGUGAUGAAUCUAAAAUCAAACACGAGCGUGAGAUCAUCAUACAGUCGUUUAAGCUUGUAGUUUCCUGUUGUCUACCGGUGUGGACUUGGUCGCACCAGUAUUCGAAAUCCAAAGAAAACGAAAAUGACGUAGUUGGGAUUUACAUGUUUGAAGAUUCUUUACAUCAUCAGGCCUACAAGUAUAAAUCGCAAUCCAAGAAUCUCCUCGCAGCGAUAUUCGCUCUCGAGCCUCUGGAAGUGCUUGAAGAGUUCAUAUCAGAGCAUCCUAACAACGUUAGUUUGACGCUGAUACACGCCCUUGAUGGAAAUAAGCCGGCUUUGACCUUGCCACACUUGUUUCAAGGCAUUGUUUAUCGCUGUAACAGGCUAUCCACGGUUAAGUUCUCGAACACCACUUCUUCGAGAGCUACGUCUAGUCCUCUUUUGAUAAAUCAGCUCAAUGCAAGGUCGAUACUCAAUUUCAUUCUCGAAUAUCUUGCCACUUUGGAGAAUGCCGCGGUGGAAGACUUGUACGAUGAUUUCGUAUUGUUCAUGAAGGACGUGUCGAGUUAUUCUCAGCAUUACAAGAAGAUCUCUUCUUUACUUUUGAAGACAAUAGCGCUUGUUUGCGAAAAAACUCACAACUCUAGAUUUGGUGAGGACAAAAAAGUGAAGAGAGAACUUUCUGAUAUUUUCACCAGAUAUCUUCCAAGUGCGCUCAAUGACGAUAUCAAUACCUCAGAUAUCUCGACGUACUGCGACCUUGACUACGUGUUUUCAAGACUAAGAUUUAUUGUCAUUGAUUUUCCUGCUGGAGACAAAUGCAGUGCCGCCAUAGCUACAGUAGCUCAGUCUGACAUUUUCUCCAGCAUCAAGAGGCAGAACCAAUCUUCCCCGCCCCACGUCCUGAAGCUUCUGCUCACAAUUUCGCAGAUCGGAGGCAAGUCGAAGGCCUUGAAAACCCUGAUCAAUGACGUUUUCUCGAGCGACAAGAAAUUCAGCUCAUUGGAAGACAGUGCUAUGUGGAACAAAAUCAUAUACGAGUGGUCUAGCUAUCCCGAUAACAAGGAGAAGUUAGUGAAUGAGCUGAUCACGUCAACAAGUGCCAAGGCAAAUGCUCUGGGUCCCAAUAUCAAUCCCUUUACCGCCUGGAGUGAAUCCGAGAUCGAUAACAAGUGCCACAACAUGAUUAGAAUUGGGUAUCUUCUUUUGAUCUCUCCUCAGGACCAUUAUCUCUUGCAGUUCAAAGACUUGAUGAGCCAGUUAGAGCAUAAUUUAGUUUCGGAAGAGGCUCAGAUUAAAUCUUGUUGUUUUCUCCUUCUGAGAUGUGUUUUGCUUCAGUUUUCGGCAAUGCACUUCGCCGAAUAUUGGAGCAUGUUGUCGUACAGCUUACAAACGGGAUUUCAAAAAUAUUUUGAAUGCCUACAGAUGCAACAAGAUUACGAGCCUAACGCGAUUUUUCAGAUUGCUAAGAGCGUGGAUUUGUUAUUGACUUUGAACUUUGAAGAGUUUUCUGCCAGUUACGAGUGGCUUUUCGUGAUAGACACCAUGAACUGCAUCUACAAGACAGAGCCCUAUAUCAGCUUGGCCGAUGAAAUAAGCGACUGCAAGGAGUUUACGAAGAGCGAUACGGGCGAAUUUUCUGUUGUGGAGGGCUCAGAAUUCAGAGUUCCGCUCCUGCUGGGCGUACAUGCUAUUCAAAAGCACACCCAGCUAAGGAAGUUCUUCCAGACCGUUAGUUAUGCACACUAUGAGGAAAUGUACGCGCUGAAAGCUGUGGACCGGAGAGCGUGUUGCGACGACACUUCCGCAGACCUAUUUGCGUUCAUAAAGAGUUGA